GGUCCCGACAAGGAGACUCCGUUUUCGGUGCCACCGAAGCGCAAGUCGCGCGGCCAGAGCAUGGUGACGUUCGGCGACGCCCAGGCGUACCGCCUCUCGUCGGCCGAGACCUCGACCAACGAGUUCCUGGGCCAGGGUUCGCGCCAGCUGCGCAUCUUGGCCUACGCCCAGCUGUCCCUCGGGGCGCUGGCCUUCCACUACCAGUCGAUGCGGAUGCUGGCGCCGCCGGCCGACGUCGUGGACCACUGGUGCAAGCAGCCGGCCGAAUUCGCCAACCAGAGCGCGCAGACGUGGAAGAACGCCUCCAUUCCCGUGGGUCCCGACGGAUGCUACAGCCGAUGCACCGUCUACAGGUUUCCCUACUCACACGGCGUAGGCCCGUGCUGCUCACCUGCGCUGUAAUCACUGUCGUCGCCGCGGCGUGUACCGUGUUCGCGCUCACCUUCCUGCAACUCGUGCUGCUGCGCAUGCUGGUGGCGGCUUCCCUGUGCGGCUUCUCGAUCGUCUCCAUUGUUCUUCUAUUCGAGGUCACCUAUGAGGCCAACAGGACCAACUACCUCUGCUACGUCAUCGUGGCACACGUGAUCUGCGGCUGGGCUCCGUGUCUAGUCAGCGCCGCGGCGCUCGUUGUGGACCGUCGCACGCUGGCGUUCGCCUUCCUGGUUCCGGUCUCCCUGCUGCUGACGAGCUUUCAGGCCGUCCGGGAGUCCUCGCGGUGGCUUUUCGUCAUCGACCACGCAUCGGACUUCGUCGAGAGGUACUACGCCGCGGCCGGGCAGAAAGGUCAACGCUCCGACGCCGACCUGGACCGCACCGCCACCCGGCGGCUUCAGGUCGCCGCUACCAGAGCCGGCGCCUUGUCCCCCGAAGGACCUCGCGCCGCGGAGGCGUCGCUGCAGCCCGGAAGCGGCGUGUCCGGCAUGAUCGUUCUGCCCGGAGUCGUGGCGAGGACCGCGUCGCUGUCGGGUCUGUUCUUCAGCCUGUUCGUUAUCCUGAACGAGGCGUCGCGAUGCGGAGAACCGGAAGGAUCGCAGGCGUGCCGAGGCGCGCAGCGUUUCCUGACCUUCUGGCAGACGGCUGUCCUGGUGGUACCCCGCGUCGUCAGCCUCCUGCUGGCGGCGCGACUUCUGCAACGCUGCGAGCGCAAGAGGGCGCUGAUGUUGGGCCUCCCGCUGAGCUGCGCUGCUGUCGCGCUGCUAGCCGUAGUCGAUCCGGCCCACUCGAGCGGCGGUUCCAUGAUGUUCGCGGUCGUUGUCGCCAACGAGCUGGUGAUGGCCUCGGUGCUCGUCAACUUGGCCUUCGCGUGCGUCUACUGCCUGGAACUCUACAUGACGGUUGAGCGCGCCGCGGGCUUCGGCGUCGUCUACUCGGCGGGCUUCGUGGGCGGCGUCGCCGUCUCGCUCCUCUUUGACGGUCAGGACGCGUCGGUCCGCAAUAUGUGCGGACUGGCGCUGGCAGUCGGGGCCCUUCUGCUGGUCGACCGUUUGCCCGAGACCAAAGACGCCCGACUGCCCGAAGCGGCGACCGACGCGAUCUCGGAGCUCAAGCGAUACAGUAUGUCGAGCACGUCCAAGAGCUUCGCCGAGCCGCGACCGUCAGCUGACUAUGGUUACUCGCCCGACGCGAAGUGACUAGACCCUGAAGAGUAUAAAACUCGUCGCGUAUCAUCUUGAAUUUCAUCAUCUAAUUGCUCAAACUCGAAUUUUACAUAAUAAAAUCGU